UGCCCAUUGUUUCCCAUACAAAACUGAUGGUAUUUCCUCCUCCUUUCAACACCCUCCACCUCUUCCUCCCCAUUCUACCCCACCUCUGUCCCUCUCUUUCAUCCCCCUUAGGUUCCAUCUCCUCCUCCUCCUCCUCCUCCUCCCCAUGGUGAAGCCCCACACUCCUUGAGAAUUGAGAUUGUGAUGCAGUAGUAUGUUGCCUUUGAGAUCUUCUCAUGUAAAUAUUUAGCAGACUGUGUUUCACACAAUGGGACGCAUCUCCUUCGUCUCCUCUUUCCUCUUGCUUCCCACUCUUCCAAUGGAAUGAGUCCCACUCCCCUGUGCCAGUAUAAAAAUCCAAUCUUUGCCUCUGUUUUCUUUUGGCAUCAAGGACUCCAAAGGCCUCACCUUUUUGGGUGUUUUUGGAUUGGUUUUGUGUUCCUGCCUCGAGUCCUUCCUUGAUGAGGGUGCAGGGGGAGUUGGCGGACCAGAGGACGCCGGAGUUAUCGGCUGUGGCGAGGGAAUUGACCUCGGAAAAGAGGCGACCCUCGUCGAAGAAGAACAAAAGGAAGCAGAAGAAGGUCGGGUCGACACCGUCGGCGGUGCAGAGGCUGUUCGAGACAUGCAAGGAGGUGUUCGCUGACGGAGGGGCUGGGAUUGUGCCCUCGCCGGAGGAUGUCGAUCGCCUUCGGUCCGUUUUGGAUUAUAUAGAUGCAUCUGAUGUUGGUCUUACUCAAAAUAUGCCAUAUUUUCGACAUGGUGCAUCCACGAGAACUCUGCCAAUUACAUACUUACACAUUUACAAGUGUGACAAGUUAUCGAUUGGCAUCUUCUGUUUGCCUCCAUCAGCUGUCAUUCCACUCCAUAAUCACCCAGGGAUGACAGUAUUCAGCAAGCUUCUUUUUGGUUCCAUGCACAUCAAAUCAUAUGACUGGGUUAAUGUGCCUCAGAACUCUAAUGAGAUUGUGAAAUCCUUACACUCAGUUCAACCCCCAGGAUUGCAUUUGGCAAAGGUGAAGACUGAUUCCGUCUUUACUGCACCUUGUAAGACAUCUGUGCUUUAUCCAGAAGAUGGAGGUAACAUGCACUGUUUUACCGCAAGAUCAUCCUGUGCAGUGCUGGAUGUCCUGGGGCCGCCUUAUUCAAACCCCGACGAUGGAAGGGACUGCACAUACUACAAUGAAUUUCAUUAUAAAAGUUUUUCUGGAGAUGGGAACUUGGCACCUGAAGAGGAUGGAGUGUAUGCUUGGCUUGAAGCGAAGAAGAAACCUGAUGACUUCUUUGUAGUUGGGGCAAAAUAUAGGGGCCCAAAAAUUAUAGAGCAAUCAUAAAGUUAGGAUGAUGCUACAUUCUUGAUGCAAAAGAUGAAGAUGCUGGAAUGUGUAAGUACAGAAUCCUAACAUAUAGGGAAAGACUUGGGAGGUGUGUCUGAGCUUCAACAGACCUUUUGAUUCUUAGUUAAGUGCCAAGGAAAGAAGGAAUGAAUGUAUCCAUUGCUUAAAUGUGUUUAUGAUACCUGGUAGAGAACAUUCCAUCCAUGUUAUUUUGUUUCAGUAAAUUUGAGUAUAAGAAAUAUAGAGGAAAAGCUCUUUUGAACAGUGAAG